UUGCUUUGCUAUCCUGAGGCUACGAUGGCAGACGGGGGCUCCCAUGACAUGGAUGUGCUAGAACACACGCAAAAGCACAAGCUCCAGGAGGACUUUGACACGGCGGAAGAGGAAAUUGAAGAAGGACGCGCUUUGCCUGAGCGCUCGAUUGCUGCCUUCCAGAAGAUCUUGGCCUACCAUGGGGCCGAUGAAAGCUUGGAAGUUGUGCACAAGGUGAAGGAACUAUCGAUUUAUAAGCUUGGACAGCUCUACAUCCGCCACGGGCGAGAAAAAGAGUUGGCGGCUCUUCUCCAAAACGUCCGUCCAUUCUUUGCGACGAUCCCCAAGGCGAAAACGGGAAAAAUCGUUCGAACGGUCAUUGACAUGGUGUCCAAGGUGAAAGUUCUGGAUGCUACCAUGGCAUUGCAGUUCCAAGCCGACUUGUGUUACGAUUCGAUUGCGUGGUGCAACCUUGAAAAGCACACCUUCCUUCGCCAACGCAUUCAGGCCCGCCUGGCUUCCAUUUUGUUUGAGCAACAAAAGUUCCAAGCCGCCCUCGACCUGAUCACGGAACUUCUUCGUGAAAUUAAAAAGCUCGAUGACAAGCCCCUUCUCGUUGAUAUUCACCUCGUCGAGUCGAAGUUGUACCAUGCGUUGCGAAACGUCCCAAAAGCGAAGGCGUCACUAACGGCGGCGCGGUCCAUCGCCAACACGAUUUACAUCAUCCCGCGCACCCAAGCCACGAUUGACCACAUGUCUGGCAUCUUGCACGCAGAAGAGCGCGACUACAAGACAGCAUACUCGUACUUUUUCGAAGCGUUUGAAGCGUUGGUGCCACUUGACCAAGGAGAAGCAUUGGCGUGCCUUAAGUACAUGCUGCUCUGCAAGGUCGCGAACGGGCAGUCGUCGGAUGUCCCUGCGAUUGUGAGCACAAAGAAUGCCAUCAAGUUUUCGGGCAUCGACAUUGAAGCGCUCAAGGCUGUUGCAAAGGCGCACGAUCAACGGUCGCUUGACCUUUUUCAGCAAGCCACGACCACGUACGCGGCGCAAUUGGUGGCCGACCCUCUCAUCAAGCACCACUUGGGGCUUUUGUACGAAACGUUGCUUGAGUCCAACUUGAUCAAGAUCAUCCAGCCGUACUCGUGUGUUGAAAUCGAUCACGUAGCUAAAUUGAUCAAGCUUCCGCUGGCUCAAAUCGAAACCAAAUUGUCGCAAAUGAUUCUCGACCACAAGUUUCAUGGCAUCUUGGACCAAGGGCGGGGACAAUUGAUUGUGUACGAGAACCCUAGCGAAGACAAAACGUACAAGGCAGGGCUGGGCGUCAUCGAGAACGUCGGCCACAUCGUGGACACGUUGUUCCGUCGUGCGGAAAAGUUGUCGGCGUAAGACCAUCAGAUGAAACUUGUUCAACCCAGUUCUUCUAUUCCAA